AUGGCCACUACUACCUUCGAUUCAAAUUUGCCAGUGACCGCGCAGGCACACAGAAAUUGGGUCGUGCAGAAGUUUGGUGGUACUAGCGUGGGCAAGUUCGCGCGCAAUAUCAUUGAGCAGGUCGUCCAACCCAGCCUCUUAAAAAACAGAGUCGCCGUCGUAUGCUCUGCGAGAAGCAGCUCUACAAAAGCUGAAGGCACAACCAACCGGCUGCUGCGGGCAGCGCGGGAUGCUGAACAUCCUCGUUCGCAGCAAUAUCUGACAUUGGUGGAGGCUGUUCGUUUGGAGCAUGUUCAAGUCGCCCAGGAAGAAUUGCAGUCGGCCGAAAUAAGAGAUCAAGUGAUUGCGGACAUCACCGGCGAAUGCGAACGAGUACUCAGGUUCCUUGAGGCCGCUCAGACCCUGGGAGAGAUUAGUGCGCGCUGUGUGGAUAAGGUGAUGAGCGCCGGUGAGAAGCUGAGCUGUCUGCUGAUGGCCGCUCUACUGCAAGACCGCGGGGUUGAUUCGCAGUAUGUGGAUCUUUCUGAAAUUAUUGAUUUCCCCAUUGGGCCCCACGGGUUGGACCAGGACUUUUAUAAUGCCCUGGCAGCGGCUUUCGGCAGCCAAGUUGAGGCCUGCGGACACCGAGUACCUGUUGUGACUGGGUACUUUGGUACCAUCCCCGGUGGUCUGCUCGAUCAGAUUGGUCGUGGAUAUACCGAUCUCUGUGCCGCCCUUGUGGCAGUUGGAACCCGCGCGGCGGAGCUGCAGGUGUGGAAGGAGGUGGAUGGUAUAUUUACCGCGGACCCGCGUAAAGUGCCAACGGCUCAUCUGCUCCCGGCCAUCACCCCUGCUGAAGCCGCUGAAUUGACCUUCUAUGGAUCCGAAGUCAUUCAUCCGUUCACCAUGGAGCAAGUCAUUCGCGCAAGGAUUCCUAUUCGCAUUAAGAACGUCAUGAACCCUAAGAACGAAGGCACUAUUAUCUUCCCUGACUCGGUGGCCGAACUGGAGAGAACUACACCAGGACAUGACCCACGCCUGUUCCGGACUCGGAGUCCCAGUCUUGCGAAUACAUCGAAACGCCCGACCGCAGUCACCAUCAAGCACAACAUCCUGGUGAUCAAUGUGCAUUCCAACAAGCGGUCGCUCUCCCAUGGUUUCUUUGCCGGUAUUUUCUCCGUAUUGGACAAGUGGCGCCUAUCCAUUGAUUUGAUCUCGACCAGCGAGGUCCACGUGUCCUUGGCCCUUCACUCAGAGAUGCCCCUUCUGAAUGGAAACGGACGGGAUGAGUAUCAGGUCAUUGACGAUGAUCUCCAGGGCGCAUUAAAUGACCUGGGGAAGUACGGAACUGUGGACAUCAUCCCUGAGAUGGCCAUUCUCAGUCUGGUGGGCAAGCAAAUGAAAAACAUGAUCGGGGUUGCAGGGCGUAUGUUCACCACUCUCGGCGAGAACAGCGUGAAUAUCGAGAUGAUCUCUCAAGGUGAGGAAAUAAUUGCUGAUCCCCACUCCUCUCCCCCCCCCUUCCCCUCCCCCUACCUUCAAAUCCUUAACUGGUACUAA